UAGACUAAAACAAGUCAUGUGGAUAUACCAGUCUACCUCACUAACACAAGCAAAGACCAACCAUAAGUACGGACAAAGAGAAGAUGACGAUAGUCUCCUUAUUUCUAUAUAUGCGCUAGGACAAAUCCAAUGACCGCGUUUUUCUUCACUCAUUUCAUCGCUUCUCCCUCACAGUAACUAUAUAUACACCAAAUAAACACACAAUCUAAACAACCUUUCACCACCAUUCUUCAACCCUUUUGCUUCUGAAUCAACUCAAAGUCACCAUCAGAACGAUCGUCUCAUUUCUACGCAACAGCACUUAGGCGACAAUGGAGCGCAGAACCAUUGAUUUAGAUCAAGGUUGGGACUAUAUGCAGAAGGGAAUUACCAAAUUGAAGAGGAUUCUUGAAGGAUUACCAGAAACUCCUUUCAGUUCAGAGGAAUACAUGAUGCUGUACACAACCAUUUAUAAUAUGUGCACUCAGAAGGCACCCUAUGAUUUUUCACAACAACUUUAUGACAAAUACAAAGAGGCUUUUGAUGAAUACAUUAGAUCUACGGUUUUGUCUUCUGUAAGAGAAAAGCAUGAUGAAUACAUGCUUAGGGAGCUUGUCCAGAGAUGGUUAAACCAUAAGGUCUUGGUUAGAUGGCGUUCACGCUGCUUCCAUUAUCUUGAUCGCUACUUUGUUGCACGACGCUCCCUGCCUCCGCUCAAUGCAGUUGGGCUUUCUUGUUUCCGUGAUUUGGUUUAUAUGGAGGUGCGGGCAAAUGCUAGGAAAGCUGUGAUUGCUCUUAUUGACAAAGAACGCGAGGGCGAACAAAUUGAUAGAUCUUUGUUGAAAAAUGUUCUUGAUAUAUUUGUUGAGAUUGGUAUGGGUGAAAUGGAACGUUAUCAACAUGAUUUUGAGGUACAGAUGCUUGAUGAUACUGCUGAUUACUACAAAAGUAAGGCUACAAUCUGGAUUGAGUCUGACUCCUGUCCAGAUUACAUGCUAAAGGCUGAGGAUUGCUUGAGACGGGAGAGAGAUAGAGUGUCUAAUUACUUGCAUUCUAGCACUGAGCAGAAAUUGGUUGAGAAAGUGCAACAUGAAUUGCUGGUAAACCGUGCAAAUCAAUUACUUGAGAAGGAGCACUCUGGCUGCCGUGCCUUGCUUAGAGAUGAUAAGGUGGAAGAUCUCUCUAGGAUGUAUAGACUUUACCAUAAAAUACCUAAAGGACUGGAACCUGUUGCCAAUGUAUUCAAGCAGCAUAUUACAGACGAGGGUACAGCUUUGGUUCAACAGUCUGAAGAAGGUGCUAGCAAUCAGACUACAAGUGGUUCUGGCUUUCAGGAUCAAGUCCUUGUCAGGAAAUUCAUAGAACUACAUGACAAGUAUAUGACAUACGUUAAUGAUUGCUUUAUGAAUCACACACUGUUCCACAAGGCAUUAAAGGAAGCAUUUGAGGUAUUCUGCAAUAAAACUGUUGGUGGUAGUUCCAGUGCCGAACUAUUAGCUUCAUUCUGUGAUAAUAUCCUUAAAAAGGGUGGAAGUGAGAAGCUGAGUGAUGAAGCAAUUGAAGAAACACUUGAGAAGGUAGUCAAGCUGCUUGCUUAUAUCAGUGACAAGGAUCUCUUUGCAGAAUUUUACAGGAAGAAGCUUGCCCGUCGAUUACUUUUUGACAGGAGUGCCAAUGAUGAACAUGAGAAGUGUAUUUUGACAAAGUUAAAGCAGCAAUGUGGUGGCCAGUUCACAUCAAAGAUGGAGGGAAUGGUGGUAGACUUGACAUUGGCUAGGGACCAUCAGAUGAAAUUUGAUGAAUAUCUUCGUGACAACAAACAUGUAAAACCUGGAAUCGACUUGACAGUUACUGUUCUUACUACAGGAUUUUGGCCGAGUUAUAAGUCUUUUGAUCUCAACCUCCCUUCAGAGAUGGUCAAGUGCGUGGAAGUUUUUAAGGGCUUUUAUGAAACAAAGACAAAACAUAGAAAACUUACAUGGAUUUACUCGCUGGGAACUUGCAAUAUCAUUGGCAAGUUUGAACCAAAAACCAUUGAAUUAAUUGUCUCAACCUAUCAGGCUGCUGCCCUGCUACUAUUCAACACUGUCGAUAAGUUGAGUUAUUCAGAGAUUAUGACUCAGCUGAAUUUGACUCAUGAAGACCUAGUUAGAUUACUCCAUUCCCUGUCGUGCGCAAAAUAUAAGAUACUUAUCAAGGAGCCUAACACUAAAACUAUAUCCCAAAAUGACAGCUUUGAGUUCAAUUCCAAAUUUACUGAUAAAAUGAGAAGGAUAAAGAUACCUCUACCACCUGUUGAUGAAAGGAAGAAGGUUAUUGAAGAUGUUGACAAGGAUAGGCGAUAUGCUAUUGAUGCAGCAAUUGUGCGUAUCAUGAAAAGUAGAAAAAUUUUGGGCCAUCAACAAUUAGUUUUGGAGUGCGUUGAGCAGUUGGGCCGCAUGUUCAAGCCUGAUAUCAAAGCAAUCAAGAAGCGCAUUGAAGAUCUCAUCACUCGGGACUACUUGGAAAGAGAGAAAGAUAACCCGAACACCUUCAGGUAUCUGGCAUAGUGAAAGUUAGAUAUGUAUAGUGGCAUAAUUUGAGCAAGCUACUAAGAUAACUGAAUUGUCUGAAUAUGAUUCUUAAGAAUGGUUGAGAAAUUUCAAGGUUACAGAAUGCUGUAAAUGGCUGUAGUUGGUUUAGUGAUCAGACAAAUCUCACAAUCUAGUAGCAAUAUUUUUUGCAUACGUGGAGUUUGUUUUAGUUACUAUUUUAUUUUUGACCAUAUAUAGAAUAUAAUGCGACAAGAUAUUGACUAA